AUGUCAUUCGUGAUUAGAAGACAAUUGUCCACUUUGAUUCCUCCCAAGAUUGCAUCAGCAAAGAACCUUGGAUCCAAUCCAAAUGCCAAAAGAAUGGCUGAAGUUGUCAAGUUCUACAACAAAUUACCACAAGGACCAGCUCCAGCUGCUAAGAAAUCAAACAACCCAUUUGCUAGAUACAGAGCUGCUUACUUUGAUGGCGAUAAUGCUUCUGGUAAACCAUUAGUCCACUUGGCUAUUGCCAUUGUUAUCUUUGGUUACUCUUUGGAAUACCAACACUUGAAACACGCUCAACAUGAAGGUCAUUAG